AUGCUGUUGAGGACACCCUGUUCAUCCUAUGCCCACCGGGUGUUUGGAUUUGUCCAGCAAGGGGGUGUCCUGCCCAAGGACAGGUUGCUCGCUCUGCGAGUUGAUGGUGGCUGUGCUCCCGUGGCAGGGCAGUUGCGCCCCCCACCCCCGGUGCUCUCUCCCCGGUUGGCUGCGGAUAUGUUUUUUGCCGGACAAUCGCCGAUCCUGCUACAGUGUGAUUGUCACAUAUCCAUCUGA